AUGCGCAACCUUUGCGCCCCGCCCCGUCUUGCAAUUUGCCUGAAUGGGUCAAAACGACAUGAAGCAGUUUGUGAUGGACCCAACUCGACUCCAACUGCUGCCUCCAUCUCGCUGUUUCGAGGGCGUACGCAAAUACACCACAACUGUACUCGUGAUUCAUGUCGUUUUGUCCCGACAAUACAGUUGGGUCAAAGCGAAUCAAAACUCGGUGCAGUUGCACAGGCGAUUGCGCUCGAAGUGGAGCGGUUAAAAUGCAAUGAGAAGCUAGAUGCGUACAAUGUGUCAGGAGAGUUCGAGGUUUGCUCGUUCUGUCCGAUCGAGUUUAUGCAAUAUAUAGUUGGUAAUAUAUCAUUGGAAGAAACGCAGGGAGUUAUUAGUGGAAGUGGAAGUUUUGAAAAUAACGACAUUGCAUUCACCCGGAUACCUUUUGCUGUCCAUUUCGGCUUUGGUAUUUUUAUGGCAUGUCUUUCCUUAGUCGUGGGUCUAGCAGUCCUCACCGGACAGAUCGUCCCACCAAAAAAGAAUCCUGGAUGUUGCAGAACUGUGUUCCUUCUCAUUCUGUUGUUAAUCACUGUUAUAUUUAUGGCAUUGACUGUUAUGUUAUUGCUACGCAACGCAAGAUUGGCAGAAGAGGGAGCAGAUGAGAUAAGAAAAGACUUCAAUCGAGACAUAUUCAGUAUCGGUGCUCAACUUGAUGUAAAAACGAGGAACACACUUUGCUUGAUCAAGUCACACAAUUUUAUUCGUCAGGCUAAGAAGAAAUUAGAUGGACAAAUGGACAAUUUCAUGAAAAAAAUUACCGGAAGAUUCGAUGGUAUUACUGGCGAUAAGGUCUUUAACGAGAUUUUUCGUGUAAAACAAACUGCUCUGGACAUCCAAAAGAAAGCAAAAGAAAUUGCUAUUCCUGAAAUCAUUCCAUUAAUGGAGAAAGUGUCGAAUGAUUUUCUGACCAAAAUUGAUAUAGCACAGUCUCGUGCUCUCUUGAAGAUGAACGUUUUCGAAGUCGAGACGAGAAGUUUACCGGCAUAUUUCAAAAAAUUCUUUGAAAAGAUUGGGGAGGCUUAUGAUAAUUUUCUAACAGCAUGCAAGGAAGCUCUAGAAAAACUCGAAGAAAGAGUGACUGAUAUUGAAGAAAGAGUGAAAGUAUUAUUAAUUGGAAGCGGAAUCACUGCUGUAACCACCUAUCUUCUAAUUGGGAUAUGGUUCCCAGUACUGAUUGCCAUAAUGUGUUUUCUAACAAUGAUCGCUAUUGUAAUAAGGCCAUUGUUUAAUAGUUCCUCGAAGGAAACGUGGAAAUCUCGAGUAGUGUUGAAUGUCAAGGAGAAUGUCAUUGUCUUUGCUUAUGUAACUGUUGCUUUUGGUGCUAUCCUUUUUGUAUUGUUUUCUUUUGGCCUGCGUUUCGGCUUUGAAGUCAUGGCUUCUUCCACUGCACUUCUCAGCGAUUCGUAUGUAUUUGAUAAGGUCGCUGUCUCUCUUGAAUCCUUACAUUCAAAAGAAUCUAAAGACAUAAAACUGAUGGACAUUGUUGCGGAAUGUCGCAAAAACAAAACGUUUUUCGCUGCUGUCCACUUGAAUCGCCUGCAAACGUCUCAAGAUUUGCUUAAGCUUUUGAAUAGUUUGAUUGACGAGAGCAAAUAUAACGGUAUUUUCUUGGAUAAUCUUGAUGAACAUAAAUUAUACUUCGAUGGUAUAAUUAACGCUGCAGAGGAUAUCAUUCAUGCUUUGUCAAUCACUGACAUCUCGGCGUAUCGCGAUGAUGUACAAGAACCUUUGAAAAAUUUUGAACACGAUAUGAAUAACAUAAUAAGCUAUUCGAAGGAAACUAUGCAGGAGAUAACUAAGGUGCAAACGGAGCACGGCGCCAUAGUUGAAUCAAUUACGAACAGUUUAAGAGAAUCUGCAAGAUCACUUGUUAAGAUCUACACCAAUUUCCUGAACCGUGUUGAGCAAGAUUCUGAGAAAUGUGAUGACCUGACUUCUCAUAGACGGAUAUUAAAGAAACUAUUGAUUGCUAAAGUAGUAGCUCCAGCACAAGGCCAAUGGUUUGCAUGUUAUAUCGCAGCACUUCUGUCGAUUGUCGCCUUCGUUGCUCUAUACAAGUCAAUAAAACGAUUCCAUAUUCUACCAAGCACCAGUUCUUCUACUACUUCUACCAAUUCUAAAACUGAGCUUCCACCAGACACUCAACGUGAACCUGAAGAUUCUGUUCCUGCAAAAUCGAUCAAGAGCAUGGAUACAACUCAGAUCGGUACUGGAGAACCUGAUAGUGAUGCUUUGGAGCCAAGUGGUAGCAAACACAAUUUGCUUCAAAAUUCACAAUAA